AUGCCCAUCACCCUUACCACGGCGGCCCAUUGCCCUCGCAAAUGGGAAACCCCGAAGGUAUCCACUGCUGAAGAGCUAUUCAAACGCUCAUGUCCGAAGGACCAUGAGCGCAGCCGGAAAUUGAUACAGAGUUCGUUUCAGCCAAGUCUUUUUCGCACGUCUCAUGUCUCUGCCUCUCGACAUGGCUUCGUCUGGGCCGUGUUUCUAGCCUACAGCGAUCACCAUAACCUGAUAAUACGGCCCGAAGAUGUGUGGUUCUCCAUUCUGACACAACUCAGUUUCUUUGUGAACGCACAUGCAGAGGAGCUGCGAUCUUUUUUCGUUUCACACGAGGGACAAAAAGCUCUUGAAGUCAUUGAAGUGGGAACUAUCCACUCCGCUGACUUUGGUGCGUUGGCCUUACGAAUGACCAGGCUGAUUGAGAAAAGUGUGGUGGACGAGGAGUUACGAACCUGGAUCAUGCCAGACUUUAGCACCUCAACAGAAUCCGACAAUGUGGUCGCAGCUAUUUUGAUGAUGGGCGCUCUACAGAAGUACUUUUCGUUCAAAGUUUCAUUGACAUGCGGAAUUCCGUCUGUCACAUUGUUAGGCGAGCGAAAGGACUGGGAAAAUAUUUUGAAGAAACUUGAGAAGCUAUAUCAGCUAGGGGACGAGCCUGCACGGUUUGCUCAGCUUCUUCGGCCGAUCCUGAAUCAUUUCGUUGCUUCUUUUGACACUCCAAACUCACCUGAUGUACUGAGUUUCUGGAGCAGAUGUGCCCACAAGCACUCUAUGGGCAGUGGACCAGACUAUUUAUGUGGCUGGAUUUCAGCUUUCUGUUUCUGGGGUGAAGAUGGAAAGUUAUUAUGCGCGGAAUCCAUCCAUUCCUCCUCCUCCCCAAAUUUCCAGACACAGAACACUGAAUGGGGGUUGGAUGCUGUUUUGUCACGUCGCAUCGAUACAGAUGAUGUCCCGUCUGGUUUCGCCUCCGUGCCGGUUACUAUCGACGACAAUGGGGUAGUUUAUGACGCUGUGAUGUUAGCUGGACUGAUCGGUAUCCAAGCCACAUCCAGCGGAGCGAUGUUGGAUGGUACUAGAGAUCACAACGACAGUGGUGUGUUUCAAUACAACGCAAGCGGCCAGCUGGAACCGAUCGUUUAUAGCAUUUCUCCUCCGACUGAGGAAGCUGCACUUGACUCCAUACAGCCGUUGUCAGGAUGGUGGAUCCAUGAAAAGAAGCGUGCGAAGGAGACAGAAGACCGCACCGUGGAAAAAAAGGAAUUGCGAACCACAGACCGGGCUCUCGGGGCCCUCGACGCAGUAGCUCUUCGGAAAUUCACUAGGAUUGGGAGUUGGAAAAGGUCCCCGGACUUGAAGAACUUAGCAUUCUGA